AUGUUAGCGAUGAUACUAGAAAAAGAUGAACCAAGCCUCAUGGUGAUCAGAUUAAAUGCAACUUUAGUAGCUCCUGGAUUAAUGCUGGUGCGGCUUGGAUCCCUCGCGAUUAUAUGGGUGAGGUUAUACAUCACAGGCAACGUUCUUUCUCCUUUGUACAAUCAGCGCUCGAAGCAUAGCUACUGA